GGGGUCUUGAUGUUUUUGUCCUCCGUCUGGCUUUUAUAACGAAGUGAAGGAGGAGCACCAUGUCGGGGAGGCCGCGAACCACUUCCUUUGCAGAGAGCUGCAAGCCCGUGCAGCAGCCGUCAUCUUUUGGCAGCAUGAAAGUGAGCCGAGACAAAGAUGGCAGCAAAGUUACCACUGUAGUAGCCACCCCGGGCCAGGGUCCCGACCGGCAGCAAGAGGUCAGCUACACGGACACCAAGGUGAUCGGGAACGGCUCCUUCGGUGUGGUCUAUCAGGCCAAACUGUGCGACUCAGGGGAACUGGUGGCAAUCAAAAAGGUUCUGCAGGACAAACGGUUCAAGAACCGAGAGCUGCAGAUAAUGAGGAAGCUCGAUCACUGCAAUAUUGUGCGGCUUCGCUAUUUCUUUUAUUCGAGUGGAGAGAAGAAAGAUGAGGUGUAUCUAAACCUGGUGCUGGAUUACGUCCCGGAAACGGUGUACAGAGUUCACCGUUGUCACGCUGCUGAUCGGCUGCUCGUCUCUCUUUCUCUCUUCCAGUUGUACAUGUAUCAGCUGUUCCGCAGCUUAGCCUAUAUCCAUUCCUUCGGGAUCUGCCACCGGGAUAUCAAACCACAAAAUCUGCUGCUGGACCCCGAGACGGCCGUGCUAAAACUCUGCGACUUCGGCAGUGCGAAGCAGCUGGUCCGCGGGGAGCCCAACGUCUCCUACAUCUGCUCUCGGUACUAUAGGGCUCCAGAGUUGAUCUUUGGGGCCACUGACUACACCUCCAGCAUAGAUGUCUGGUCAGCGGGCUGCGUUCUGGCCGAGCUGCUCCUGGGUCAGCCAAUCUUCCCCGGCGACAGCGGAGUGGACCAGCUGGUGGAGAUCAUCAAGGUCCUGGGCACGCCGACACGGGAGCAGAUCCGGGAAAUGAACCCCAACUACACAGAGUUCAAGUUCCCCCAGAUAAAGGCGCACCCCUGGACUAAGGUUUUCCGAGCCCGUACCCCACCAGAGGCCAUUGCGCUGUGCAGCCGGCUACUGGAAUAUACGCCCACCGCCCGCCUCACCCCCCUGGACGCCUGCGCUCACUCCUUCUUCGAUGAGCUCCGGGACCCCAACCCCAAGCUUCCCAAUGGUCGCGACUUCCCUGCACUCUUCAACUUUACCACUCAAGAACUGUCAAGCAACCCCUCGCUGUCAUCUAUACUCAUCCCACCACACGCUCGAAACCAGGCCUCCGUGUCUACGCCCACGAACGCCACAGCGACAUCAGAUUCGAACGCUGGGGAUCGCGGGCCGACCAACAACGCAGCGUCAGCAUCGGCCUCCAACUCCUCCUGAGCCAAUAGCAAAGCAUGUUCUGCG